UCUCUCUACGUCGCUCAGGGCGUGCUCAAAAUUACAGACAGAAAGAUUCCUGCCGGGAAAGCAGACCUUUCAUAAUUCCUGCCAGCUUCGCCUCCUCGGUCGCGUGUUCAAAAGUCCACCUAUAGGUGUCAGCCUCCGUGUUCACCGGUGCUCUCAAGGCUCUCGUUGUGGCAGCAUACCAGUCUUGGCAAUUUUGCAGCCUUUCUGGAAGACAACAAGCGCUACACUCUCUCGCCAUGGCACGAAAGAAGAAGGGAACGAAGAAGACGGCCGUGCCAGGAAGCAUGGCCAAUAGUAUUCCUGCUCCAAACCCACAGGUCGGCGCGAACGCCACGAGCCCCACCAAGACAGCCACAGAGCAGUCGAACUCUCGUCCUCACGCCACCUCGACACAAAUGAAUGGAGUCUUUGCAGCGAUUCACCGUGUGGAGAAGAAGGUCGACAGUCAAGAGCUCAUCUUGCACAGUGUACUAGAUAGCCUUCGUGCACUCACCACUAAGCAAGCAGCUCUUUCGCAGGCCACUCAGCUCGCGCUCGCUGCUCCGACCACGGCAGAAGUCAAAGACUUGAAAGCAGGCUUGGGUCAGUUAAGUGUGCUGGUCAUGGACUUUGCAAACUUCAAGGCCGCUCUCCAGACGAUGUCAAGCGAUGUAGCCGGUCGUCUGGACGACCUCAAGCGUAUGGUAGAGGAACUUGCAACGACGCCUGACAACAGUGACACCGAGUCUGUUCCAAGCAAUCGCGCUGCCGCAGGCGCUGGCGGCACUCCUGGCCACUCGGACGACUUGUGAAGAGUCACCAGAGAAGUGAAACGAAUAAAGCAGGUGACUGUACCGUUACCGAAAGAUCUGCGAAGAAACUCAAUCGACGAGACUCGAAUCCAACGAACAUUGUCGCAUAACGCACGCUGGUGCACACAUCACCUUCAAGCUGUACGAAUAGACUCGACUCGUUUCAAUCAAAGACGACAGCAUCCACGUGCCGAG